UUUCUGCUCUUCCAUUGGCCUGUGUGCGGGGAAGGUGGAGAAAGAAGGGUAAACCGAGGUCGCGCGAGAGCGGCGCUCGGCACUCAGUGCGCAGGUGCGAAGGAGCUGGCUGGGGCCCGGGCCGGGGGCGGGCUUGAAGACGCGUCGUUUGGUUUUGGAGACUGCGGCGGAGCUAUCUGGGUUGGACCUCUGGGCGGAAAGCGUUUGUCAGGGGCCCGUCCUAGAACGAAGCCUGUGGGAUUCCCGAUGGUGUCCAUGACUUUCAAGCGGAGCCGCAGCGACCGGUUCUACAGCACCCGGUGCUGCGGCUGUUGCCAUGUCCGCACCGGGACGAUCAUCCUGGGGACCUGGUACAUGGUGGUCAACCUGUUGAUGGCAAUUUUGCUGACCGUGGAAGUAACUCAUCCAAACUCAAUGCCAGCUGUCAACAUUCAAUAUGAAGUCAUUGGCAAUUACUAUUCAUCUGAGAGAAUGGCUGAUAAUGCCUGCGUUCUUUUUGCUGUGUCUGUUCUUAUGUUUAUUAUCAGUUCAAUGCUGGUAUAUGGAGCAAUUUCUUAUCAAGUGGGUUGGCUGAUCCCAUUCUUCUGUUACCGGCUUUUUGACUUCGUUCUCAGUUGCCUGGUUGCUAUCAGUUCCCUCACUUACUUGCCAAGAAUCAAAGAGUAUCUGGAUCAAUUACCUGAUUUUCCCUACAAAGAUGACCUCCUGGCAUUGGACUCCAGCUGCCUCCUCUUCAUUGUUCUUGUGUUCUUUGCCUUAUUCAUUAUUUUUAAGGCUUAUCUAAUCAACUGUGUUUGGAACUGCUAUAAAUACAUCAACAACAGAAACAUGCCAGAGAUUGCCGUGUACCCUGCCUUUGAAGCACCCCCACAGUAUGUUUUGCCAACCUAUGAAAUGGCCGUGAAGAUGCCUGAGAAAGAGCCACCACCUCCUUACAUACCUGCCUGAAGAAAUUCUGCCUUUGUCAAUAAACCCUAUACCAGCUUUUUGUCUUGUUUAUUUUACAGAAUGCUGCAGUACAGGGCUCUUCAAACUUGUUUGAUAUAAAAUACAGUUUCCUUUGUUUAAGCAUUUAUUUUUAAACACUAACAAGCUUUUUGGACAUCUAUUCAAAGUCAGGAAGUCAGGUUUGGGGUUUUUUGUUUUUUGUUUUGUUUUUUUGUUUUUUUUUGUUUUUGUUUUUUUGGUAAGUCUAUUACAUUUUAAUAGUUUCUGGAGACAAUCUAGGUUAAGCAAGAGCAAAGUGCCAUUGUUUGCCUUUAAGGGGGGGAGGGGGUAUUCUCUACACAUUUUCUUUUUUAACUUUGCACUUUCUUUAUAUAAUAGUUUGCAUUUUGGUUAUUUGCUACCCUGGAUACUUUCAGGAAGAAUGAAUUAAAUAUUCAGGGUGAGUGAGUUAGGUAUAAGAUCUGAAGUUUUCAGCUGUGAAAACAGGAAAAAUAUAUAACAUUUUAACUUGACUGUGGAAAAUGACGGUUGCAUGUUUCUAAUUUGUAUGUUUCCAUCUUUGUGAUAAGAUGCUUUAAUAAAUCUCUUAAAUAUUGA